AUGUCUGCAGAUAAAGCGCCCACAACCCAUCUGGAGGCGAACACCAUCAUCUUGCCUCCCCGCGGAACGACGGACAUGAUCAUGGCCAUGGACGUCGACUCGCCGUCGCUCCCGUCUUACAGAAACCUGAAAAGAGGGCGAGAGUCCAGAGGUCAUUCGAGGUCGUCGUCCUGGCAUUCUGGAGAGGACGAGCUACCGCUCACAGGCGAACGCCCACAUUCGUCUUCUGGCGUCUCCCGCUCCGUCUCGCUCUCGGACAAACACAGUGCCUCGCAUGAAGAUUCUUCUCUUGGGUCUAGAUUUAAUGACGAGGCGAGGAGCCAUGCCGCUUUUCGAAUGUUCAAGGAAUCGCUGAAGAGGACGAGCGAGAGAUAUGGUCCAUUCCUGCCAACCGACGAUGGGAGCCCGCUUUUGGCGCAUAGGCUCAGGCGAAUGUGGGACGACCUCUCGACCGAGCAGCGAAACCACUGGUUCCAAGCAGCUUAUGAAGUAGAAAAUGAUCACCACGGGGAUUCGCGCAUACCAUAUUCGAUUGGGACAGAAAGUCAGCCGUAUUCCCCUGUGUCGGCGAGUGCAUCUACUACCCGAUUUCCGGUAGGGAUGGAUGGUAUGCCACGACAAUAUUCCAAUGCAAAUACGCCCGAUCUGCGUUCCCCUGCGUCGUUUCUGGAUGACGAGGCCGGAAGUUCACUACGAAGUCGCUCCCAGUCUCCUGGGGAGGAUCACCCGAGUACUUCACAUAUACCUCGGCCUGCAAAUGCAUGGAUUUUGUUCAGGUCGACCAUGAGCAAGUCGCGGAGACCCGACGGAGCGGUAUAUUCACCACCAGAAAUUUCUGUGCUCUGGAAGGAGUUGUCCCAACAGGAGCGUGACUUUUGGUUCGAACGAGCAAAGGCGGUCAAGCAGGAACACGAGGCCGCGAAUCCUGGGUACCGGUAUCAGCCCAAACGAAACAAGUCGCGCAGGACACUCAACUCGUCGAGCCCCUCUGGGCUCCAGGCAAGCACCCGUCCCCCCACUUCUACGGCGUCGAGCUUUAGCGCCUCUUGGACCCAGAAAUAG